CCAUCGUCCGCGUCGUCCGUCCGUCCUUCGCUCGUUCGCGACGGACGAUGGAGCCGGAACCGACGGAGCCCACGUCGCCAUAUGCGGCUUCCUCCCCGCGCGCCGACCCCGCACCCCUCGAGACCUUCGUCCCCGACGCCGCGGGCUCCGACUUCCCCAUCCAGAACCUCCCCUACGGCGUCUUCGUCGUCAAGCCCGAUCGCGGGCUGUCGAAGCUCGACGCCGUUCGCGCGCGCGUCGGCGUCGCGAUCGGGUCGCGCGUGCUCGACCUCUCGUGGCUCGCGAGCGAGGACCUGCACGUCGUGGGCGACCGCAAGCUGUGCGAGCACAAGUCCCCGUGGCUCCUGGACGUCCCGGGAGCCGGAACGUUGACGCCGCUGAUGCGCGCGGGGGCGAAGACGUGGCGCGCGAUGCGCGCGCGCCUCCAGGCGUUGCUCGCCUUGCAUCCCAUCCCCGGCGUCCGGAACCUGCGCGCGCCCUACGACGUCACCGGGAUGUGCUUGUACAAGAUGGAAGACGUCGAGAUGCGAAUGCCGUGCGACGUCGGCGACUUUACCGACUUUUACGCGUCGAGAGAGCACGCGACGAACGUCGGGACGAUGUUUCGCGGGGCUUCGAACGCGCUCAACGAGAACUGGGCGGCGCUGCCGGUGGGGUACCACGGCCGCGCGUCCAGCGUCGUGUGCUCGGGGACGAACAUCGUUCGGCCGAGGGGGCAGAUAUUGAAAGACGCGUCGUCGCGCACGACGUACGCGCCGACGGCGAAGCUCGACUUCGAGCUCGAGGUCGGCGUCUUCGUCGGCGGCGCCGGGAACGAGCUCGGGGUCCCGAUCAAGAUCGCCGACGCGAGCGAGCACGUGUUCGGGUACUGUCUGCUGAACGACUGGUCGGCGAGGGACGUGCAGAGGUGGGAGUACGUCCCUCUGGGGCCGUUCGCGAGCAAGUCGUUCGCGACGACGAUCAGUCCGUGGGUCGUCACCGCGCUCGCGUUGGAGGACGCGCGGUGCGCGGCGCCGGCGCAAGAUUUGAGGAAGCCGUUGCCGUAUCUGGUGGAGGACGAUAGGCACGCGUUGGACGUCAGCUUGGAGGUGCGCGUGCGCGCGAACGCGAACGCGAACGCGAACGCGAGCGGCGGCGCGGGGCGGCGACGCGAGAGCGGCGAGACUCCCCCGGGCGGCGCGGCGUCGGAGACGGCGUCGGCGUCGGCGUCGCCGUCGCCGCCGCCGCCGCGCGCGCCCGUCGCGCGCAGCAACCUGCGGCAUCUGUACUGGACCCCGGCGCAGAUGAUCGCGCAGCACACGUCCACGGGGUGUAACCUUCGCCCCGGCGACUUGUUAGGCACCGGGACGAUAUCCGCGCCGAAGGGAGAGGGCACGCCCGGGUGUUUGCUCGAGCUCACCGAAGACGGCGCGAGACGCGUCGCGAUCGGCGACGGGUCGGGAGCCACGCGAGCGUAUUUGGAGGACGGCGACGAGGUCGUCAUCACCGGCGCGGCGGUCACGCGAGAGGGGGUGCGGAUCGGGUUCGGGACGUGCGUCGGGGUCGUGUUGCCCGCGCUCGAUGAGUGAGACGCGACAGGGAGCGAAGACGCGCGCUCGGCGAGGCGCGCGGACGCGUUCAGUUUUUAAUAGGUGCAAAGUGUUUCACCC